UAUUCUGACUGAUGGUCGAAUACUGCAAUCGCAAUUUUAGUAAGAAACCCGUCUUAAACUAUAUAAAACAUUUUCGCGGUGUGCUCGCCCUUUGUGAUAAUGUCGGCAGAUUAUGAAGAGAGACCUAGAGACAAUGGCCCCGAGGGCAUGGAGCCAGAUGGUGUCAUUGAAAGUAACUGGCAUGAGAUCGUGGACAGCUUUGAUGACAUGAACCUGCGUGAGACUCUUCUCAGGGGAAUCUAUGCUUAUGGUUUUGAGAAGCCCUCUGCCAUCCAGCAAAGGGCUAUCCUCCCUUGUAUCAAGGGAUAUGAUGUCAUUGCACAGGCCCAGUCGGGCACGGGCAAGACUGCCACCUUUGCCAUCUCCAUCCUGCAGCAGAUUGAUAUAGAGCUUCGAGGUUCUCAGGCCUUGGUUCUGGCACCCACCCGUGAAUUGGCUCAGCAGAUCCAGAAAGUGAUUCUGGCUCUUGGAGACUAUAUGGGUGCGACAUGCCACGCCUGUAUCGGUGGGACCAAUGUGCGAAAUGAGGUCCAAAAGCUGCAGGCAGAGGCACCACAUAUUGUAGUAGGAACCCCAGGUCGCGUCUACGACAUGCUUAAUCGAAAGUUCCUCUCCUCUAAGUACAUUAAAAUGUUUGUGCUGGAUGAAGCGGAUGAGAUGCUGAGUCGUGGUUUCAAGGACCAGAUCUACGAGAUUUUCCAGAAACUCACUACUAGCAUACAGGUGGUGCUGCUGUCAGCCACCAUGCCGGCGGAGGUGCUGGAUGUCACUACCAAGUUUAUGCGAGAACCAGUGCGUAUCCUGGUGAAGAAAGAGGAGCUUACCCUUGAGGGUAUUCGUCAGUUCUACAUCAAUGUUGAAAAAGAGGAAUGGAAACUGGACACUCUCUGUGAUCUAUACGAGACUCUGACCAUAACUCAGGCGGUGAUCUUCAUUAACACACGCCGGAAAGUAGACUGGCUCACAGAGAAGAUGCACGCCAGGGACUUCACGGUCUCAGCUCUGCAUGGAGACAUGGAUCAAAAGGAUCGUGACCUGAUUAUGAGGGAGUUUCGCUCUGGUUCUAGCCGUGUCCUUAUCACCACAGAUUUGCUGGCCAGAGGUAUUGAUGUCCAGCAGGUGUCUUUGGUCAUCAACUAUGACUUGCCAACCAACCGUGAGAAUUACAUUCAUAGGAUUGGUAGAGGAGGCCGUUUUGGCAGGAAGGGUGUAGCCAUCAACAUGGUGACAGAAGAUGACAAGCGUACUCUGCGGGACAUCGAGACCUUCUACAACACUACUGUAGAAGAGAUGCCCAUGAAUGUGGCUGACUUGAUCUAGAGAUUUAUUUGAGCUGAUCUAGAGACACCCCCACUCUCCAUCUCCACAAUCUCUCUCGCUUUAUUUUCCAGUUUAAGCACUUCUGAAUGAAACUGGGAGCGUGCAACUCCCUGCUCUUCCACAAAUGCAAAUUAGUCAUUUCAUCUUCCCAAAACUGAUCACAUUUUAUAAUCUCAGAUCCUGAAAGUACAUGACUUUAUCUCAUUUAACUUUCAGAAAAAAACAUUUGAAAUAUGGGCUCAGUCAUCUUCUCUAAUGGAGAAAAGUAUCGUGUUUUGUGACUCUACUCUCAAUUAAUUAUCCUGGGCUCUUUUUUUUUUUUUUUUUUUGCUGGGAAUCAUCAGACAUUUUGGAUGGAUAAUUGGACUUAAGUUAUUGGUUUCCAGCUUCUGUGCAUUGACAUUUCUUUAAAGCACACCUCAUGCUGCUAAUGUACUUCAGCCAUGUGGUAAAAGUGUGCUAGCUUUUAAACCAACAUAAAUAGCAUUGGAUUAGAUUCAUUCUCUGGAUCCAGCUACUCGGACGGUAAAAUCCAAGUAGUUACUGUACUUGCUGUACUGUUUUCUGUAAAACUGUACCAGAGCCAUUUAAUCACCCUUGAGUAUUGUGGGCUUCCUGAAUUUAGAUAUUUGGAAGUCCUUACGCAGAUUCAUUUUGACUGAAGGUGGUACAAAAAUGUGAUGGAGAAGAAAAAUUGCAACUUCUUUCUUUUCUUUUAAAACAUUUAAAUUAUUUUGUAAGAGUAUUUUUUUUUUUUUUUUUGGAGAAGGGGGAAAUUUCAAUAAAGCUACAGCCUAACUUGUCACAAAA